AAACAUUUGAAAAAUAUUUUCAUACCAAGGGAACCAAGUAAUAUUGUAUUUUUAGAAGAUGAUCAAGUGUCAAGUUCCUAUAUCUCAAGUGUUCUUAAUGAUUCAAUUACAAAUCUGUCAUAUAAUUCUGCAAACGAACUUUCCUUAAACUCUAACUACUCUGAAAAUAUCUGCAUUAGUGACGACUCUGAAUUAGAAGUUCAAAAAUUAGAAAUUGGUUGUAAUACUCCAAUAACAAAACAAAACGUUUACUCUUCUAAUUGUUCUUUGAUGAGUAAGAGCAGCUCUUCUUUGCCAUCUCUAACUUCUAAUAAUAAUAAUUAUAAUAAUAGCUUAAUGUCUGAAAUAAAACAAAGUAAUGAUUUUAUUAUGAGAAUUUCCGAAUUGAAAGAUAUUGGAUGUAAUCAGGCUGAAUUAAAAGACAUUGGAUGUAAGCAAGCCGAAUUGAAAGAUAUUGGAUGUGAGCAGGACGAAUUGAAUGACAAUGGAUGUAAGCAAGCUGAAUUGAAAGUUAUUGGAUGUGAGCAGGUGGAAUUGAAAGACAUUGGAUGUGAGCAGGUCGAAUUGAAAGAUAUUGGAUGUGAGCAGGAUAAUAAUUCAACUUUAACUCAUGAAGUACCUAAAAUAAAAUUACAAUUAAUAACCAACAUAAAAACUAUAAACAUUAAGAUGGAAAAUUCAGAAAUAUGGUGGUCUGAUGAUGACGAAAAUUAAUAACUCCUUGGUUAUAAUAUAUAA